GUGCCCGCUAGGCGCUGAGAAGGGCCUCUAACAGAGAGAGUGAUUGGUCAUCACGGAUGCGUCCAUCAUGCUCUUGGCCUUUUUUGCCAAACUGACAAUCUGUUUGCGAAUAGAAAACCUCUGAGCCUCUGCAUGGCGCAGCUCUUCAUCAAAUUAGAUUCUCAUUUAUCUCCAACAAGCCUUGCAAUUGGGUUGCCAGCCGAGACGCCGUUCUGCAUGUGAGCUCGAAGGGUAACCCCGCCCAGAAAAGAUAAAAUGUUUAUAACAAGCUUUGAAUCCCAUUGAGUUGUCACUCCUGUGUGGGGAUUGAAGAGGGAGGUUCGAGAACGCUGACCCGCUGUCACAACUGCUCAAACAUCGAAGUCCGAAUUGUGAACCAUAGGUCCCACCGCUGCCUGAAAUCAAGUAUGCGGUCUGAUUCGCUCUCUAUCAGCAACAAGGUUUGCUUCUAGCCCUUGUAGAGCCAGAUUCCGCAGGGAAAAGGUACACUGCCGCAGAUUUAACGCCUGGAAGGUGGGCCUCUUCAAUCGCACAAUCCAAUGGGCAAAAGCAGGGAGGUUUAGAAUGAUUGAGGAGCGGUUAGGAAGCGACGAGACAUCGAAAGGAAACUAGCCGCAUCGGCAAGAACAAGAAGUUCUUCGCACUUUGGAGGCUUUGGUGUCACAAGGGCGACACAAGCGACUGGUAUGAAGCAUCAGAUUGCUGCCCGUCUCCUGCUUGAAGCACCCUUGCAAAAGCGAUACAAAUAUGUUCCCUUGAACUGCCAUCUGCGGCGGUUGUUGGCUUGAUUGAUCACUGAGCGACUGAUGGCCAUUCGAAUGCCGGUUUCCCUAUUCUCCAGUCGAGCAACAGAAGAAUCAAUCGGCUGUAUUCUACAUGGCUCGCAGAAAUGCGGCUGGGCGACACGUGUUGUCACCAGAGCUAUGGGUUCGGAAUCGGCAGCUUCAUACGGUGUCUUGAAUCAUGGCAUGACCUCGGUUUCCCUUGGGGCAUAUUUGGGUGAAUAUUUGACUUAAAGGUCUAUUGUUUGGAACGAAGGUAAGUUGAAUAUGUUGGAAAACCAAUCAAUCAAGGACAAUUACCAUUGUAGUGUCAGUCCCACGAGAAGGCCCGCUUCUAAAGUCUUUUGAAGUAUGGCAGCCCAGCCACGACUCGUAGUCUUAAUCAUUCUAGUUGACCCGACCAUUCGCCAGUUGACGCGUUUUGAUGUACUCGAUUGAAUGUUGAAGCAAUUUGUUGGGAUUGAAGGUAGACAAUUGAGGCGCCGGUUUCAGUUGCUCAGUAUGUUGUGUUGCUGAAAUCAUGUUCCGUACAUCUAGAUUAUCGCAUCGGUCGUUGUUCGCUGGCGUAUACCAACUGAGAGCUCAAGCCAGCCACUAUCUGAUUUCCGAGACCGUCGCAUGGCCGGGAAUCGCGAUGCGGGGGUGAGCGACAAUCAUGCAGCAUUGGUAACACAAAAAGCGUAAGGUGGCGGGAAAAGACCACUCUAGGUCAGAAGAUCCGUGCCAUUAAUAGCAAGAAAUCGUAACAUGAUCCGAAGCUGCCUCCAGAUGCGAGCCAAGAUCCAGAGCUUUGGAGUUGGCGGACCGGGUUGGACUGCUGUUUGUGGAGGAGCGACACGAGGAUUUGGGCUAAACUCAAUUCAGACAAGAGAUCCGCGCGCCUUAUCGGCGUUUUUGAUGGCUGCAACUCGACGUUGAUGCUGCAGCUAUAAGAGCCAUGAGGGAUCCUCAAGUGAGGGGAAGGUUAUUCUCCAUCUCUCAUUCUUUCUCUCUGUUGAUCUUCUUCGCCGAAUCAGCAUCAAGCCACAAACAUGGUCCUCGACCGCCUCCAACAACUGACCCUCCAGGUCAGCGCCUCUUCACCCCCGCCGCACCCUCUGGAUCCCCUCUCUACUUCUGAAAUCGACACAGCCGUUGCUCUCGUCCGCAAGGAAUAUGGCAAGGUCAACUUCAACGCCGUCACGCUCUACGAGCCGCGCAAGGUGGAGAUGAUGGCCUGGCUGGCAGACCCUGAGAAAGCUCCUCGUCCGACCCGUGCUGCCGAUGUCGUCGUAAUCGCGCCUGGCGGCAAGAUCUAUGAUGGCGUUGUGGACUUGGAAGCGAAGAAGGUCGUCGAAUGGAACCAUACGCCUGGUGUGCAGCCUUUGAUCACUAUGGAGGACUUGCAAGAAGUAGAAUUUGUCGUUCGCAAGGACCCGAAAGUCAUUGAACAAUGCGGAAUCCUCGGCAUCCCAAAGGAGGACAUGGACAAGGUAUACUGUGAUCCGUGGACAAUUGGAUACGAUGAGCGUUUUGGCGCCGAUGUUCGCCUGCAGCAAGCUCUGAUGUACUACCGCCCUCACGUCGAUGAUUCUCAAUACACAUACCCCCUGGACUUCUGCCCCAUCUACAACGCGGAAACGAAGCAAAUUAUCCACAUUGACAUUCCUCCUGUGAGGCGCCCUCUCAGCAAAGCUGCUCCCAACAACUAUCACGUAGAGUCCGUGGAAAAGGAGGGAGGCUACCGAACGAACCUGAAGCCAAUCCACAUCACACAGCCAGAGGGCGUCUCCUUUGAAAUCAAAGGGCGCACGAUUGAAUGGCAAAACUGGAGCAUCCACGUCGGUUUCAACUACCGUGAGGGUAUUGUCCUCAACAACAUCACCUACAACGACAAGGGCAACAUCCGAGAUGUUUUCUACCGUCUUUCUCUGGCUGAGAUGGUUGUACCUUACGGAAACCCCGAGCAUCCCCACCAGCGCAAGCACGCCUUUGAUCUUGGUGAAUAUGGUGGUGGCUACAUGACUAACAGUCUCUCCCUUGGCUGCGACUGCAAGGGCGCAAUUCACUACAUGGACGCAGCUUUCGUGAACCGCGCUGGCGCCAGCACCAUCGUCAAAAACGCCAUUUGUAUCCACGAAGAAGAUGCCGGUAUCCUCUACAAGCACACCGACUUCCGUGACGAAUCCACAAUUGUCACCCGAGGCCGCAAGCUGAUCAUCUCACACAUCUUCACUGCCGCCAACUACGAGUACUGUGUGUACUGGAUCUUCCACCAGGACGGUACUGUCCAGCUCGACAUCAAGCUUACUGGUAUCCUAAACACCUACUCCAUGAACCCGGGUGAGGACACCCACGGCUGGGGUACUGAGGUUUACCCCGGAGUCAACGCCCACAACCACCAGCAUCUCUUCUGUCUUCGUGUCGACGCCAAUGUCGACGGUCCCAACAACACCGUCUUCCAGGUCGAUGCUGUUCGCGGCCCCGGCGAGGUUGGCAGCGCAGAGAACAAGUAUGGUAACGCCUUCUACGCGAAGAAGACCAAGUUCACCACUCCGCGAGAAGCCAUGUCCGACUACGACGGCUCUACCAGCCGCACCUGGGAAAUUGCAAACACCAACAAACUCAACCCGUACAGCAAGAAGCCUGUCUCAUAUAAGCUUGUCAGCCGCGAGGUACCACCACUCCUUCCUAAGGAGGGCGGACUGGUCUGGAAGCGAGCUGGUUUCGCCAGACACGCCGUGCACGUUACAAACUACUCCGACGACCAAAUUCAUCCUGCCGGACGCCACGUCCCCCAGACCUCCGGCGAGCCCUCCCAGGGUCUUCCCAUGUGGAUCGAACAGGCCGGCCCCAACGCCUCAAUCGACAACACCGACGUCGUCCUUUGGCACACAUUCGGCCUCACCCACUUCCCUAGCCCCGAAGAUUUCCCCAUCAUGCCUGCCGAGCCCAUGACUGUCCUCCUACGACCGCGCAACUUUUUCACCCGUAACCCGGUCCUCGAUGUACCACCUAGCUUCGCGCGCACGCCAAGCCAGGUUGCUGCUGGAACGAGUUCGUGCGGAUGCAGCAAGAAGAGCGCUUCACCUGAUGGAUCAAGCGUCUAUGUCUAGAGGGCUUGUUCUGAUGACUUGAUGAUACUCACUUCUAUGUUACGGCUAUAAUUUGCAUGGCUUGUUUUCAUUCUUGUAUAUAAUGAAGCUGGGUUCGAUAUUUGCCAAUAAUAAGGAGUUUUAUGUUCAAACUAGGGUUGGCCUAGAAGGGAUUGCCCUAACCGCCUUUUUUCAUAUAGCUAGGUAGCCCCGACAACCCCUACCCCUCUAGCCAUCAUCUCCAUUUCCACCAUCGCAAUUCUCCUCACUUAGUUUGCACAAAAUCCUUAACAACAUGAGCGACCCCAUCCCUCCGCACCUCCCAAUCUCCCUCUCCCUCCCCCUCUGCCUGCCCAGUCUCCCUCAACAACGCCCUCAAAGCCACACGAUCCUCCUCAUCACACCCCGGCGGCAUCCGCAUAUACGUAUCUUCCUCAUCAAUCUCAUCCCAGCCGUAGCAGCCAUCAAAAUAAAACCCCAUAUACCGCUCAGCCAUAAGCCCCAUCCGAAUCUCUCCUUCGCGAUCAAACGGCAUUGAAGACUUUGUGGGCGUCGCAUCAUACUCAUCCGGGCCAAGACCCAUCCGAAAAUCCCUGGGAUGGGGAAGCGAUGUGCGGAAUGUAUCGAAGAAAUGGUGCCAUCGUUUCUCGUAGGAGUGGAAGUAUGAAUCUUCCAUAAUUUUCCCAAUGAAAUCUGUGUUUGUAGGCGGAUAUUCUCGCUAUUCCAUUUCGCUCUUUGAGAAUGGGACGUUGGAUAGAUAGUCCUCGUAUAUUCCGACGUCGUAGAGGAUUGAGCAUUCGUCUAGGUAGAGGGCUGUCAAUAUUGAAGCGUGUGAGAUUAUCCAGGUGAGAUGCGAGCCCACCGCGAAGGUGAAUUUGUUCAGAAUCAAGCGCUUGAGGCGCGGAAAGUGGACGUCUGUCAGGUCGAGAUACGGUAAGAACCCAAUACGCUGGUCACAGCUUAGAGUGAGGUGCUGGAUGGAGGAAUAUGGCUUGAGCCAGGUCAUGUGGAAAGAGACGAAGAAGUCAUGCAAGGCUUUAGAGUGGAAAGAGGAUUCCGGAGCCGCGUGGUCCCAUUCCGCGACGAGAUUCAAGCGGGGAGACUUGACGGUGUUAAGCACUGUAGCUAUCAUCGCGGCCAAGUCAUGGCAAGAAAAUCUGAUGCAUUGCAGGUUUCAGAUGCUGGCUUCCUCUAUUGGAAUCUUGAGAGCGGCG